GGCUGGUCUCAGUCUCCUCUAGACGUCGGUGCCAAUCGUGUUCGACGUCUACAAGUACGCAAGUGGUUAGAGCGACGACCGAUGAUGUCGGAUUGGCUUCGAUUAGAGAAGUUAAGUAUCACUGGAUAUUGCAUUUAACAGUUUUGCUUGCGAUUUCUAUAAUGACUGCUUUGAAUCUGUGGAUCGUCCUGACUGGAUUGUCAGUGAUCGUUACCAGUGAAGCUUAUCAGACAGAGGAUAAAAGAGUUUUUGGCCAGGGAAAAAACUUUUUUGGAUUUUUUGGUAACAAACCACCGGAAGCUAACGAACCUCCUGUGCAAUGUUACUGUAGCUGUGGUCUCAGAAACGAAGAGAGUCGAAUAGUCGGUGGUCAAACGACUCAUAUGAAUGAAUUUCCAUGGAUGGCUAGACUUUCAUAUUUGAAUAAAUUUUAUUGUGGAGGAACCUUAAUAAACGAUCGUUAUGUACUGACGGCAGCUCAUUGCGUUAAAGGUUUCUUUUUCAGGUUCAUGUGGUUCAUGAUCAAAGUCACUUUCGGCGAGCACGACAGAUGCGAUGAGAAAAUCAAUCCCGAGACGCGAUACGUUGUCAGGGCUUUUACGGGUGAUUUCAGUUUUCUCAAUUUUGACAAUGACAUCGCCAUUUUACGGCUCAAUGAAAGAGUACCUCUUACCGAUACCAUACGGCCAGUAUGUCUUCCCACGAUACGAGAUAACGCUUACGUCGGGACUCACGCUAUUGCAUCCGGUUGGGGAACCUUACACGAGGAUGGGAAACCUUCCUGUUUGCUACAAGAAGUCGAAGUUCCUGUGAUGAGUCUUGCCGAUUGUCGUAAUACCAGUUACAGUCCACGUAUGAUUUCUGAUAACAUGUUAUGCGCAGGAUAUCCAGAUGGAAAGAAAGAUUCCUGCCAGGGCGAUAGCGGUGGUCCUUUGAUAAGCGAACGUCUAGACAAAAGAUAUGAAUUAAUUGGGGUAGUGUCCUGGGGAAAUGGAUGUGCACGUCCUGGAUAUCCUGGAGUCUAUACUCGCGUUACCCGAUACUUAGACUGGAUCCUGGAAAACACAAGAGACGGAUGCUUUUGUGAAAAUUAAAAAAAAAUUUCUCACUGAUUAACCGAACCCGUAAAUCUUCCUCGAUAAGAUUCAAACGAGAGGAUUCAAAGUUCAUCACUGUGACUUUUGAGAAAUUACAAGAAAUUAAAAAAAAAAUUUAGCGACAUAAUAAAAAAAAAUACUCAGAGUACUCAGUAGUCAUAUCUAUCGUGUAUACGAUUCCAAUUAUUUAUUAUCAUUAAAAUGAAUUAUUGUAUAAAAAUUAAUAAACAAUGUAUCGAAGUA